AUGCUCACUUUUCAUAAUGUCUGCUCGGUACCCAGCUCCUUCCAGCUCACUGGCAUCCCAGGGCUGGAGUCCCUGCACAUCUGGCUCUCCAUCCCCUUUGGCUCCAUGUACCUGGUGGCUGUGGUGGGGAAUAUCACCAUUCUGGCUGUGGUAAGAGUAGAGCGCAGCCUGCACCAGCCCAUGUACUUCUUCCUGUGCAUGCUGGCUGUCAUUGACCUGGUUCUCUCCACUUCCACCAUGCCCAAACUGCUGGGAAUCUUCUGGUUUGGUGCUGGUGACAUUGGCCUGGAUGCCUGCUUGACCCAAAUGUUCCUUAUUCACUGCUUUGCCACGGUCGAGUCAGGCAUUUUUGUUGCUAUGGCUUUUGACCGCUACGUAGCCAUCUGUGACCCACUGCAUCAUACCACAGUGCUCACUCAUAUUAUGGUGGGACGUUUGGGACUGGCUGCCCUCCUCCGGGGUAUACUCUACAUUGGACCUCUGCCUAUGAUGAUUCGCUUGCAGCUGCCCCUGUACAAAGCCCGCGUCAUCAUGCACUCCUACUGUGAGCACAUGGCUGUGGUCACCUUGGCGUGUGGUGACAGCAGGAUCAAUAAUGUCUAUGGGCUGGGCAUUGGCUUUCUGGUGCUGAUCCUGGACUCAGUGGCCAUUGCUACCUCCUAUGUGAUGAUUUUCAGAGCUGUGAUGGGGCUGGCCACCCCUGAGGCCAGGCUUAAAACCCUGGGGACAUGUGGUUCCCACAUCUGUGCAAUUCUGGUCUUUUAUGUUCCCAUUGCCGUUUCCUCCCUCAUUCAUCGAUUUGGUCACCAGGUGCCUCCUCCAGUCCACACUCUGUUGGCCAACUUCUAUCUCCUCAUUCCUCCAAUCCUCAAUCCCAUUGUCUAUGCUGUCCGCACUAAGCAGAUCCGAGAGCGGCUUCUUCAAAUCCUGAAGAUACAAACUAUGAUCAGAUGACUACCCCUUUCCCCUCUCUCAAAUAAGUGCAUGUGUUUAAAUAUGGGCAGCCUUCCAAAUGGGAACUUCAAGAAGUCUGAAAUGCUAAGCCCAGUG